AUGAAUGCUGAUGUACCAUACGAUGAGCGCCAUCCUAUUAUCGAACCGCCUAAGCAUCAUUUGACAAAAAUUCUCAUUAUAGAUGAACAUGAAAAUCUGUUGCACGCUGGGUCACAACUUUUGUUGGCUAUGUUGCAUAGGAGGUUUUGGAUCCCCAAUGGGCGUAACACGGUCAAGGGAGUUAUCAGGAAAUGUUUAAAAUGCUUUAGGCUUAAAUCCAAGACAGCAGUUCAACUCAUGGGUCAGCUACCUGCAGCUAGAGUAAACCAGUCUCAUCCAUUCCAGCACUGCGGAGUAGAUUAUGCAGGCCCUAUUGCUGUAAAGCAUGGUGGAAGGCGGAAUAAAGUUACCACCAAGGCUUAUAUUGAUUUAUUCAUUUGCAUUGCAACCAAGGCCAUCCACUUAGAAUUAGUUAGUGACUUGGUAACAAGUUCAUUUUUGGCUGCCCUCAGGAGAUUCAUUGCAAGAAGAGGGAAACCUUCUCACAUGUGCAGUGACAAUGGCACCACAUUUGUAGGUGCAGACAAUGAGCUUAAACAUUUUCUCUCUAAUGAUGCUACUGUUGAAGGUGUGGUGAAUUUUUCGACCUCAGAAGGAAUUAGUUGGAGGUUCACUCCACCUCCGGCUCCUCACUUUGGUGGACUCUGGGAGGCAGGAAUCAAAUGCAUGAAGUCGCAUCUCAAACAUGUCAUCGGCAAUGCAGUACUGACAUUUGAAGAGCUGACUACUGUGUUAAUUCAGAUAGAAGCGUGCUUGAAUUCAAGGCCAUUGUGUCUUCUCUCUGAUGACUUAGAUUCUCCUGCUGCUCUCACUCCUGGUCAUUUCCUAAUCGGACAGCCCCUUUGUGCUCAUCCUGAACCCUCUGUCCUUGAGGUUCCCGCCAACAGGUUGCACGGAUGGCAACUUGUGCAGCAGUUGCAUCAGUCCUUUUGGAAGAGGUGGUCCACAGAAUUCAUACAUGAUCUGCAGCAACACAAAAAACGGACAUCGGAAGGAGCAUGGCAACACCAGAUCGGCAAUCCUGUGCUGGUCAAGGAGGAUAAUUUGCCUCCUUUGGUGUGGAGGCUGGGUGUCAUUGGCCAGCUGUUUCCUGGUCCUGAUAAGUGUGUGCGUGUGGUGAUGGUAAAAACUGCUAGUGGGCAGAUUAAGAGGCCUAUAGCAAAAUUGUCCCCCCUACCUAAGCAGUGA